GAGAGAAAAUAACUUCCCAAUUUUAAAUUUAUUAAGGGUACUCUUUGAAUGAAAUUUUUAGUAAAAACAUUACAAAUAUGAAAAUGGGAUCUUACAAUCUCAUAUCAUGUACCUCAGUCUCAAUUAUUUCAUGCAUAGAAACAAGAAUAAGACUCAAAACCUUCUUAAAAUCUUCAUCUUUGUCCUCUCCCCAAAAGUUUUAAACCUCCCAAAAUUUCAAUGGAAGCAGCACCAACUUCUUUCAACCACGUUGUUGCCAUGCCUUAUCCUGGUAGAGGCCACAUCAAUCCCAUGAUGAACCUAUGCAAGCUCCUUGUCUCCAACAACAACAGCAUCCUCGUCACCUUUGUCGUCACCGAGGAAUGGUUAAGCUUUCUCUCCUCUGAACCAAAACCCGACAACAUAAAUUUUCGUUCGAUUUCCAACGUUGUUCCUUCCGAACACAUUCGCAGUCGCGACCACCCUGCCUUCUUGGAAGCUAUCAUGACAAAGAUGGAGGAACCGUUUGAGGAGCUAAUCAACCUACUUGGCCAUCCUCCUUCAACCAUUGUAUAUGAUACUAUCUUGUAUUGGGUUGUUGGUGUCGGAAACCGAAGGAAUAUUCCGGUAGCAUCUUUUUGCACCUUGUCUGCUUCUGUUUUUUCUAUUUUUUUGCACCAUCAUCUUUUGGAACAAAAUGGUCACUACCCUAUGAUAUUAUCAGAAAAUGGCGAUGAACGUGUAAAUUAUAUUCCUGGAGUUUCCUCAACGCGCCUAGCUGAUUUACCUCUACAAGAUGAUAGUAACGGAAGCAAGCGAGUAAUGCAAGUUAUUUUGAAGGGUUUUCAAUGGAUUCACAAAGCACAAUAUCUUCUAAUUUCUUCAAUAUAUGAACUUGAAUCCCAAGCCAUUGAUAUCUUGAAAUCAAAAUUCUCCAUACCGAUUUACACAUUUGGCCCUACAAUACCAUGCAUUAGCCCAAAAAACGAUCUCAAACCAAACCUUAACAAUAGUUACAUUGAGUGGCUAGAUUCACAGCCAAUUGGUUCUGUUCUUUACAUAUCACAAGGAAGUUUUUUGUCAGCUUCAAGUGAACAAAUUGAUGAAAUUGCAAAAGCUUUGCGCGAAAGCAAUGUUCGGUUUUUGUGGAUAGCACGUAAUGAAGCUUCAAGGUUGAAACAAAUUUGUGGAAACAUGGGACUGGUUUUGGAGUGGUGUGACCAAUUGAGAGUGUUGUCACAUUCUUCUAUUGGUGGAUUUUGGUCACAUUGUGGUUGGAAUUCUACUAAGGAAAGUGUUAUUUCUGGAGUCCCGUUGUUGACUUUUCCAAUUGGGUUGGACCAACCAUUUAAUAGUAAGAUGAUAGUAGAGGAUUGGAAGGUUGGGUUGAGAGUUAAAGAAAAUGUAAAUGGAGAUGUUUUGAUAAAGAAAAGUGAAAUUGUAAAAUUAGUGUGUGAAUUUAUGGAUUUGGAUAGUGAGGUUACAAAGGGUAUUAGGGAAAGAAGUGGAAAGCUUAUAAAGAUAUGUUGUGAUGCAAUUGGAGAUGGUGGCUCAGCGGACGUUGAUUUGAAAGCCUUCAUUGGCGAUAUAAUAAUCAAUUUUUCGAAGUCCACACAUGCUUAAAGGUCCACUUCGUGCAUGGAAGUCUCUAUCUCAAUAAUAUUUUGAUUUGUAGUUUAUUGUAUUUAAUGUUCAUGCUUAUUAAUAUUCUUGUUUGUUUGAUAUUUUUUUUAUUGAAAUAAAUUAUUCCAGUGGUGCAUUGUAGUAUAAGAAAAGAGGAUUGAAUUGAAAAUUUUAUACUUUACUAUAAUCAGUAACAUAUCCAUCCACUCAUACGAGAAAAUCUAUUUGAUAUAAUAUAAAAUAGAUUUAGUUACAA